AUGCCCUGGUUGACUGACACCUUCACAUCUGCACCGCAGGUGGAAGAGGAACUGGCAUUAGUCCGCCAGCGGAAAAACAAGGUGAAGGCCUUGAUGAACGAGGCCACAAGGAAACACGAGGAGGAGAAGAUGAAGUACCGGGACAAGAUGAUAGGCUUCAAUUCCAGAUGGGACUCCCUGGACAGCGAUGAAGCGCGGCUGUUGCGCUUGGCGCAGGGUGGACGGCCUACGAAUGGCCACAAAGCAAACGGCUUCAGAACUCCAGACGCCGAGUCAGAUGAGGACGACGCGGUCUUUGUGACGCCGGUGCAGCGCGGCCGCUCUGGCAGGUAUGAAGACUCGGGUGAGUCAGAUGAGGACAGCGAUGGGGACUCCCAGGAGAGGCCGCUGCCCAGCAGGCCGCGCCAGGAUGAUGACUACAUGAGUGAGGUGGCAGUGCGGCAGCAGAGGGCUGCCGCCACAAUGGCACCGCCUCCAGGGUUUGGCGCUCCGGCGCCCCCUGGAUUCGAGCAGCAAACGCCUUGCGCACCCUCUGGCGCCGCGCCCCCCGGCUUUGACAAGCGCAGCCCCCCAGGCUUCUCCCGCAGCCGGCCCGCAAACGGCACACAGGAGGACCGUGGAGCUGCUCAGCUGCGACACAAUGAUCUGCGCAACCUGCUCGCUAGCAAGCGUGCUGCCGCUGCUCCGCCAAGCGAGGGGGGCAGGCACGGGCCGUGA